AGCAGCAGCAGCUGCUCAACAAGACAGCGCCGUUUCCGGUGUCUGACUCGCGAAAGAUGGCGGACACGUGCGGCCAAGUCUUGCUGGGAUCAGGACUCACCGUCCUGUCCCACCCGCUGAUGUACAUCAAGGUCCUGAUCCAGGUGGGCCACGAGCCGCUCCCCCCCACGCUGGGCAGGAACCUGUUCGGCAGACAAGUCCACCAGCUGCCCGGCCUGUUUGCUUACGCUAAACACAUCGUUAAGAUCGAUGGCAAAGCGGGACUGUUCAAGGGGCUGGGGCCCCGGCUGUGUGCCGGAACCAUCGGCACCAUCGUGCACAGCAAAGUCGUGCAGAAAUGUCAGGAGCAGGACACAGCUCAGGUACUGGGCAGCAAGCAGAAGGCUGCCGAGGGCUCCCUGGAGCACGUCGUUAAUGAGACCACCAGGGAGAUGAUCGCCCGGUCCUGCGCCACCAUAGUCACGCACCCGUUCCACGUGAUCACUCUGCGAUGUAUGGUCCAGUUUAUAGGGAGGGAAACAAAAUACAGCGGUGUGCUGGACUCCAUCUCCACCGUCUACCGGGAAGAAGGAGUCCUCGGAUUCUUUGCGGGUUUAGUUCCUCGUCUCUUGGCAGACAUCUUCUCUUUAUGGAUCUGUAACCUGCUGGCUCACGUCAUCAACACGUACGCCAUCGACGACUCGAUGAACUACACGGGGGAGAUGAAGAACUGCUCCCAGGCCGUGACGGGGUUCUUCGCCAGUAUGCUCACGUACCCCUUUGUGUUGGUGUCCAACCUCAUGGCUGUGAACAACUGCGGGCUGGCCGGGGGGCUGCCGCCCUACGCUGCUGUGUAUCCUACCUGGGUGGACUGCUGGAGGCAUCUAAGCAGAGAGGGCAACAUGGGCAGAGGCAACAGUUUAUUUUUCCGGAAGCUCCCAGCAGGAAAGAUGUACGCGCUCGAGCAGAAGAGAUUUUUUUAAAUCCUCAACAGAGAACUGAGCUGAAUAUAAUUGUGAUAAUAAAACCACACAAACAUACAAACAAAAAAAAAAAGAACCUCAACUUUGCCCGAUCCGGGGGCCGGAGAGUUGACCUCACUUCUUCUUUUUUUUUUUUUUUUCUAUUUUAUUUCAAAUGCAUCGACGUACUAUGAUUUCCUUUUUCUUAACAUCCUACCAUUGUAUACGAUUAGUCUUUAUUUAAUUAUUCCAGCAGGUUUGUUGAAUCAACUGAAACGUACUCGUCCUCUAACAGAAGCCGGGCGGCCUGAAGGGCCGACUGAGCCGUCAUUACCAUGACCAUAACGUGACAUGUUUCCGCCCCUCCGUGUUUUAUAUGCAUUAUCUUAGGAACAUGAGUUGAUCAUCUUCAUGGGAUGUGUUUGUUUUUUUUAAAACAGCUUCCAGUCUGCAUGUGGCCGUGUCUAAUAAUUCACAUGCUAAUGAUUAAACGGGACCCCUUGUCGUGGUAUUUUCUUGUGAGUUAGUGAAAGGCUCGCUGCUGGGGAGGGUUUAUGGGGGGGGGGAGGCAGCUGAGCCGGAGCUGAUCCGGAGCUGAAUCGAUCCGGGGCUGAUCCGGAGCUGCCCAGCUCUGCUACUCUCAGCAGCGAAGCGCUUGUAUCGGUUGAUCAUGAUUGACGCAAAUAAAAAGCUUUUGGACCGAGUCUUUGGUGUGCAGGUG